CCUCCCCUCCCUCGGCCCUCCCUCCCUCCCUCCCCCGCGGCCCCGGCCCCGGCCCCCUCCCCGGCCGACGCCGCCGGAGCCACUGCACCGGAGAGCUGCCGCCGCCGGAGGAUGAGCCGCACAACAGUGUUCUAAGAACGGAGGCAUCUAGGCUGAAUGGAAUUCAGCAUCAGAAAAAGUCCUCUUUCUGUUCCGAAGGUUGUAAAGUGCGUGAAGAUGAAGCAGGCACCGGAAAUCCUUGGCAACACGAAUGGAAAGACUCCGAACUGUGAAGUGAGUCGUGAGUGCUCCGUGUUCCUGAGCAAAGCCCAGCUCUCUGCCGGUCUGCAGGAGGGAGUUGUGCAGAAGUUCAAUGGCCAUGACCCGCUUCCUUUUAUCCCAGCCGAGAGGCUGAAAGACCUCACCUCCCGCGUCUUUAAUGGAGACCCCGGUGCUCAUGAUGCCAAAUUGCGUUUGGAGUCCCAGGAAAUGAAGGGACUUGGGACACCACCUGACACUACCCCUGUCAAAAAUGGCUCUCCAGAGAUCAAGCUGAAAAUCACCAAAACAUACAUGAACGGGAAACCUCUCUUUGAAUCUUCCAUAUGUGGCGAUGGUGCUGCUGCUGUGUCCCAGUCAGAAGAAAAUGGACAAAAACCAGAAAAUAAAGUGAGGAGGAGCAGGAAGAGAAGCAUAAAAUAUGACUCCUUACUGGAGCAGGGCCUUGUUGAGGCUGCCCUGGUGUCCAGGGUCUCAGGUCCCUCAGAGAAAAAGAUUCCAGCUAAGAAAGAAUCCUGUCCAAAUAGCAGCAGAGACAAAGACCAGCUGUUGAAGUACAAUGUCGGGGAUUUGGUGUGGUCCAAGGUGUCCGGUUACCCCUGGUGGCCAUGCAUGGUCUCCGACGAUCCACUCCUGCACAGCUACACCAAACUGAAAGGUCAGAAAAAGAGUGCACGCCAGUAUCACGUACAGUUCUUUGGUGAUGCCCCAGAAAGAGCUUGGAUAUUUGAGAAGAGCCUUGUAGCUUUUGAAGGAGAAGGACAGUUUGAAAAAUUAUGCCAGGAAAGUGCCAAGCAGGCACCCACGAAAGCUGAGAAAAUUAAGCUGUUGAAACCUAUUUCAGGGAAAUUGAGGGCCCAGUGGGCAAUGGGCAUCGUUCAGGCAGAAGCAGCUGCAAGCAUGUCAGUAGAGGAGAGGAAAGCCAAGUUCACCUUCCUUUACGUGGGGGACCAGCUCCAUCUCAACCCCCAUGUGGCCAAGGAGGCAGGCGUUGCUGUGGAGUCUCUGGGAGAAAUGGUAGGGUCCUCAGGAGUCAGGGAAGAAGCUGCUGACAGCCCCAAGUCCACGAGGGAAGAGGGCGUUCCCGUCAAGAGGAGACGGAGAGCCCAGCUGUCCUGCUCUGCUGAGAACCAAGACAGUAUCCUGGGCACAGGAAAGAACACUCCUCAAAAGACGGCAGAGGUCGAACCCAGGCGAGGAGUGGGGUCUCCUCCAGGGAGGAAGAAGGCCGUGGCCUCCACUCCAAGAAGCAGGAAGGGCGAUGCGGCGUCCCAGUUUCUGGUCUUCUGUCAAAAGCACAGGGACGAGGUUGUCGCUGAGCACCCGGACGCCUCCGCCGAGGAGAUUGAAGAGCUGCUUGGAUCCCAGUGGAAUAUGCUCAACGAGAAACAGAAAGCACGCUAUCACACCAAGUUUGCCCUCGUGGCCCUGUCCCCGUCUGAAGAAGACGCUGGUAACUUAAAUGGGAAAAAAAGAAACCACGCGAAGAGGACACAGGACCCUGUAGAAGAUGCUGAAGUUGAGGACGCUCCCAGGAAGAGACUCAGGACCGACAGGCACAGUCUUCGGAAGAGAGAGACGUUCACAGACAAAACAUCCCGCACAGCCUCUUGCAAGGCCAUCGAGGCAGCCUCCUCGCUCAAGAGCCAGGCAGCCACAAAACAUCUGUCUGACGCCUGCAAACCCCUGAAGAAGCGGCACCGGGCCCCCGCAGCGGCGUCUGCGUCGCUCGCCUUUAGCAAAAGCUCUUCUCCUUCUGCAUCCUUAACUGAGAAUGAGGUCUCGGAUGGCCCCGGAGACGAGCCCCCGGAGUCCCCAGACGAGAGUGCGGACGAAACCCAGACCGAAGUGUCCGUCUCGUCUAAAAGGUCUGAACGAGGAGUGACCGCCAAGAAGGAGCACGUGUGUCAGCUGUGCGAGAAGCCGGGCAGCCUGGUGCUGUGCGAGGGCCCCUGCUGCGGCGCCUUCCACCUGGCCUGCCUGGGCCUCUCCCGGAGGCCGGAGGGGAGGUUCACGUGCAGCGAGUGCACCUCAGGGAUUCACUCGUGUUUCGUGUGUAAGGAGAGCAAGACCGACGUCAAGCGCUGCGUCGUGUCACAGUGCGGGAAGUUCUACCACGAGGCCUGCGUGCGCAAGUUCCCGCUGACGGUGUUCGAGAGCCGGGGCUUCCGCUGCCCUCUGCACAGCUGCCUGAGCUGCCAUGCUUCCAACCCCUCGAACCCAAGGCCGUCGAAAGGUAAAAUGAUGCGGUGCGUCCGAUGCCCGGUCGCCUACCAUGGUGGGGACGCGUGUCUGGCGGCGGGCUGCUCGGUGAUCGCGUCCAACAGCGUCAUCUGCACAAACCACUUCACCGCCCGGAAGGGCAAGAGGCAUCACGCCCAUGUCAACGUGAGCUGGUGCUUCGUGUGCUCCAAAGGGGGGAGCCUGCUGUGCUGUGAGUCCUGCCCGGCGGCCUUCCAUCCCGACUGCCUGAACAUCGAGAUGCCCGACGGCAGCUGGUUCUGCAACGACUGCAGGGCCGGGAAGAAGCUGCACUUCCAGGACAUCAUCUGGGUGAAGCUGGGGAACUACAGAUGGUGGCCGGCAGAAGUUUGCCAUCCCAAAAAUGUUCCCCCAAAUAUUCAGAAAAUGAAGCACGAGAUUGGAGAAUUCCCUGUGUUUUUCUUUGGGUCUAAAGAUUAUUACUGGACGCAUCAGGCGCGAGUGUUCCCGUACAUGGAGGGGGACCGGGGCAGCCGCUACCAGGGGCUCAGAGGGAUCGGAAGAGUCUUCAAAAACGCACUGCAAGAAGCCGAAGCUCGUUUCCGUGAAAUCAAACUUCAAAGGGAAGCCCGAGAAACGCAGGAGAGCGCGCGCAGGCCCCCGCCCUACAAGCACAUCAAGGUGAACAAGCCUUACGGGAAAGUGCAGAUCCACACAGCGGACAUCUCCGAGAUCCCCAAGUGCAACUGCAAGCCCACCGACGAGAACCCCUGCGGCUCCGACUCGGAGUGUCUGAACCGCAUGCUGAUGUUCGAGUGCCACCCGCAGGUGUGCCCCGCGGGCGAGUCCUGCCAGAACCAGUGCUUCACCAAACGCCAGUACCCCGAGACCAAGAUCAUCAAGACGGACGGCAAAGGCUGGGGCCUGGUGGCCAAGAGGGACAUCAGGAAGGGAGAGUUUGUGAACGAGUACGUGGGGGAGCUCAUCGACGAGGAGGAGUGCAUGGCGAGGAUCAGGCGCGCGCACGAGAACGACAUCACCCACUUCUACAUGCUCACCAUAGACAAGGACCGUAUAAUCGAUGCCGGCCCCAAAGGAAACUAUUCCCGGUUCAUGAAUCACAGCUGCCAGCCCAACUGUGAGACCCUCAAGUGGACAGUGAACGGUGACACUCGCGUGGGCCUGUUUGCCGUGUGUGACAUUCCUGCAGGGACAGAGCUGACCUUCAACUACAACCUCGACUGUCUGGGCAAUGAGAAAACGGUCUGUCGGUGCGGGGCCUCCAACUGCAGCGGGUUCCUCGGGGACAGGCCCAAGACCUCAGCAUCCCUUUCCUCGGAGGAAAAGGGCAAAAAGACCAAGAAAAAAACCAGGAGGCGUCGAACGAAAGGCGAAGGGAAGAAGCCCUCUGAGGACGAGUGCUUCCGCUGUGGUGACGGCGGGCAGCUGGUGCUGUGCGACCGCAAGUCCUGCACCAAGGCCUACCACCUGCCCUGCCUGGGCCUGGGCAAGCGGCCCUUCGGGAAGUGGGAAUGUCCUUGGCAUCACUGUGACGUGUGUGGGAAACCUUCCACUUCAUUUUGCCACUUUUGCCCCAAUUCGUUUUGCAAGGAACACCAGGACGGGGCAGCCUUCAGCUCCACCCAGGACGGGCGGCCGUACUGCGGCGAGCACGACUUGCGCGCAGAGCCUGCCGAGCAGCCCUGCCCGGAGCCCAAGUCCAAGGGGAGGAGGAAGAAGAGGAGGUGCUGGCGGAGGGUCCCAGAGGGCAAAUAGCGCCAGGCUGGGGCGGGGUGAGAUCGGGCGGCCCCGGGGGGCCGGCCCGCCCUGCGGCAGAUGGCCGGAGGACGCCGCCCGCAGCCCCGGGACGCACGCACGCACACGCCUCCUCGGGAGGGGGCGCCUCCCGCCACUGAGCCAUCCCCGCAGCGCCCGCUGCGCCGCACUGACCGUCCGAGCCGCGUGGUUCCAGCCGCGAGGUGCGGACGCCCCAGGACAGACAAGCCUGACUACGCAGCAUUACAGCUACACUUGAAUCUCAGAACGUCAAGGUGCCCUCCCGCUCUGCUUUCCUAGGUUAAAGUUACGAUGGAAAAGUAAUUGGCAUAUGAAACGUUUUUGUCCCCCCUGAGAUGUAUAGCGUAGUGUUUUUUCGGAGGCUCACUCUUACCUCUUUUAAUCUUGACAACGUCACCCAGCCUGCUUCCCCCGCAGCCAUCACUCAGGAGAGGAGACCAGGGCGGGCCUGGGCAAGGACUCCGGCCCCGAGUGCCCUGGGAACCGUGGUUUUGAUGAAUUCGCUCUUACGACGCAGCUGUAUGACUUCUUUUUUGUACUAAUGUGAAGUUUUUCCUCAGCACGCUUCUCUUCCACCCUAGUGAGGAGCCGGCCCCGGGAC